AUACGCAGGUUGAGAGAGUCAAAGAAUAAAGUUACUUGCCAGAUUGAGCAAGGAACCAAACCUCCGCCAUCCAUCUUUCGAAGUCAAAGAUUGUCUCCUGAAAAUACGACCAUAGAUGGGGAGGAUUAAAGCACAAAUGGAUUUUGAAUUUAGCGUGUGGAUGGUUGUAAUUUUUACUAUAUGCCUUUCCAAAUACGGAAAUGGCAACGAACUGAGAAUAUUUCGUCGUGAACGAGAUAUAUUUACCAACAUAUACUAUUCAAGUUCACAAACUGAAAGAAAUCAUAGUCAUGACUGUAUGAAGUACAACGCUGAAUGUCAUUUCAUCACUAAGUGUCGCUUUUGUGAAUGUAAAGAGGGAACGAAUACUUUUAUUAAGAAUAAUAAUGACAAGAAUAACAGAGGAAGUUGCAUCAAAGAUGAAGAAGUGAAUCUAGAAUCAGACUCAGACAAUGAUGAAUUUACUCUAGAAAAUACCGUGACAAACAAAUGUUUAAAACAAGUUGGAAAUUCUGUGUGGGGUACGACGUGUGGAAAUUCCUUGGAUCAAAAGUGGAUACGUCUCAAGACAAAUAAUGAGCAGCUCAUGAAUCUAAAAUCACUUCUUUGCAUAAGUAGAUACACCGUUGUAGUUGAAAUGAGUCAAUGUCGAUAUAUUAACCUGAGAUCGCAAAAACUGGAGUGCACGUACCAAACACAUCUAGGAGCUACUUUCACUACGACAUUUAUUGCAACUUUCACUGACUACCUAGAACAAACUCCGAACGGAAGAGGAUCUUUCGGUCAUAUACCGGUCAAUAUUGGAAAACACACCAAAAUAAGACUGAAGUCAAUGUCUGCGAGAAAAAUACAGAAUACAAAGGUUGCUAUCGCCUUUCUGAUGGGAAUUUCAUGAAAUAUUUGAAAUUUAACAACAAUAGCCGGAAUGUGGAAAAAUUCUAUGUUUCUGCGCCAAUCUACGGAGAAAAUAACGAUUGCAUUGUGGAAGAAAAUUUCAAGUAUACGAAAGAUGGCAAUGAAUCAUACGAAGCUGGUUAAAAAAAUCUUUUUAAAUUGUCCAGCACUGGCGAGGCUACGAAAGAAAUCGAGAUUAGAAACAUGGAUGCUCUACGACAAUGGAAUGGUUCAUUAUUGCAAAUACAAAUCAAAUGUCGCGGACGGUUUAACAAAGAAGAACGUCAUUGCUUUCUCAUAAAACUACAAUCUUUAUUACCAUUGGAACCAGAGACAACAUCAACAACCUCGAACAACAACGUCAACACAGACCCCGUCCCGAUGACCACAUCACCAACAUCAAGUAGCAACCACACACUUCAACCCCACGAAGAACGUGAAGAAGGCUCAUCUCAGGCAAUUGCUAUAGCAGUUUCUGUAUCACUCGCAACUAUUGUCCUUGUGUUAGUCUUGUUCUAUUUUGUGUGGUAUCGAAAACAUAUAAGUUCGAAAACUGAACGUGAAGUGCUUGACUCCCAUGAAUUAGCAAACCAACGAGCCGGAAAUCUCUUGGAAACUGAACCAACCGGAGUGGAAGGGAAUAUUUUUAUGACCUUGACAUCUCAGGGUGAAGAAGAGACGUAUACGUAUGUCAAUGAUGAAGAAGAAAACAAAACACAAAGUCGUAUGUAUGAGCAACCAGCUGGUGAUUCUUAUAACAAACACAACAUAAAAACAACAAUAUUCGAAAGGCCACUCACACAUCAAACAGCAAAUAAAGACAACUAUACCCCAUUAAUGAAAAACCGUACGAGCAGAGACUCGAACAGUCAUUAUUACCAGCGCUUGGAAAAAGAAUCAAUCCAAAUCAAUGGUAAUAAUUCCAUGCUCUCUUUAUCUCAUGGCAAUGAACAACCAAACCAAAGUGUUGAACCGGAGUGUAUUAGUGAUUACGUUAUCCCAAAUGAUGCAGGGCCACCAACACAUCAAACAGCAAAUAAAGACAACUAUACCCCAUUAAUAAAAAAGCGUACGAGCAGAGACACGAACAGUCAUUAUUACCAGCGCUUGCAAAAAGAAUCAAUCCAAAUGAAUGGUAAUAAUUCCAUGCUCUCUUUAUCUCAUGGCAAUGAACAACCAAACCAAAGUGUUGAACCGGAGUGUAUCAGUGAUUACGUUAUCCCAAAUGAUGCAGGGACAAGCGUUCAUAUCAAAAAGCAACCAAAACCAGAAAAUAGAACCUCGUAUACUGGUGAAUAUGCUAUCCCAAAUGAAAUUGAACACACGACAAUUGCUCGCAAUAACAAUACGAAUAACACAGUUAGAAAGGUCGCGAAUUCUAACGAUGAAGACCCAUUUCAAUUUGUUGAAUCCAAUGUCUACGGAUAUGAAUCGUUGAUGAAACAUCGCAGGAGUAGUGACCACUACUACCAACACUUGCAAUAGAAUGGCAAAGAACGAACAUACUGUGGAAUUUGUUGUGAAUAUAAAACAAGUAAUUUCCAACGUUGGGAGACCAUUGCAAGAAA